AUGAUCGGUGAAGCGCAGCGGAGGAUCGAAGAAACGCCAGUGGAUCCAAUCAAGCUUCCCAAAGUGAGUGGUUCGUUUGAAGUUGAUCCGGCUGUUGAGGAGGCUCUCCCUGUAGAAGCGACGAAGCUCCUUCACUCUUUUCAUUAUGCCGAGUCGCUGAGGAGCGGAACGGCCAAGCUAGCCGUGGAGUUACCGAACGGGAAGAAAGAGUCCUAUUUUCUCAAGAUUGCUCGAGGGGAAUCAGGAGCCCAAAAGUGCGAAGGAGAGUAUGAAUCGCUCAAGGCCAUGCACGCAAUCUCCCCUGGAUUCGUCCCGAAACCCUAUGCCUGGGGUAAGUGUAAGAACAGCGAGCCGGAAGCAUACUUUCUUCUAGAGGAGUUUCGAGACAUCCUUGUGCAGCCCGCAGAUCCGUUCAAAUUGGUGACAGGACUUGCAGACCUUCAUCGUCGCUCCGAAUCGCCGACAGGGCAGUUUGGUUUCCAUGUCCAGACAUGGCAUGGCGAGAUUGCGCAACAUAUCGACCAGUGGGAUGACUCCUGGGCUGCUCUCUUCGGCCGCCACCUCGGACACAUUAUGGAAAUCGCCCAGCAUAUUUUGAACUGGCCAGAAUUUGAUCUGGUGUGCAAGCUGACUUUGGACAAGGUCGUGCCGCGGCUACUUCUUCCUCUGCAGGAAAAUGGCCGCGUUCUUAAACCGUCUCUAGUCCAUGGGGAUUGCUGGGAUGGCAAUACCGCAUUAGACGCCCAAACUGGCGAGGGAUUUGUUUUCGAUGUGUGCUCGUUCUACGGCCACAAUGAGUACGACAUCGGCAAUUGGAGGGCGCCUAGACACAGGCUAAGUGACAAAGCCUACAUCAACUGUUACAAACGCGAGUUUCCCGCGUCGGAACCCGCAGAGGACUGGGAUGCACGUAAUUUACUCUACAGCCUGACCUUCAACAUUGGAAAUUUGAUCAAUAUCCCAGGCUCGCAACAACGAGAAAUAGUGUAUGAUGACAUGAUGACCCUUUGCCGCGCAUUCUGUCCGGAUGAUCUACAGAUGGAGAUGGCAAGGCUUUGA